GCGUGUCCUGAGGACCUGGGAAAGAUCCCUUCAGGUGAAAUGGCGAAGAAUCUAUUAAGUCAAUUUUGAUGUUUGAAGAUUUGUCGUUCUUGCAGUCUAACCAGGGGUAGUGAGAGAGUGAACGAUGCCAAAAGCAAUAUUAAUAAAUGCCUACCAACGAUUUCUUUAUUCACGCGGCGGAGACGAGCGUCCAUGUUGUACAAAAACAAGAAGAAUCUACUUAAGCUUAGGGUUACAAAAGAUGGACGGCGAGCAGACGGUGGUACGAAAUGAGGGAGGCUGCAACGCCUCAUCAGAUAGUCACGUGGCUUUAUCGAAAUUAUCCUUUAGCAACCCCCUAUCAGGGGUCCUUUGAAAAACUCGAUCCCAAUGCUCCAUCAUUCAAACGCGACUCUUGGUUACGGGCACAAGGCGGGAAGGGCGUAUCGGGCGUUUUCUUCUCCCCCCCUCCCACAGAUGCAUCACCUGGCCCGCAGACGAUCCUAGAGAAGGCUGGUGUUAAUAUAUCUGUCGUCCACGGCAUGCUUCCCCCUGCCGCAAUCAAAGAAAUGCGUGCAGACCACUCCAACAUCCCCUACGACGAGAAGACCAGUCUUCCCUUUUUUGCAGCUGGAAUAAGCCUCGUUGUGCAUCCUCGCAAUCCUCAUGCUCCCACUGUGCACGCCAAUUAUCGUUACUUCGAGAUCACGGAGAAAGUCGCAGAGAGUGAUGGAACUGGAAAGGUUGUUGCAUGGUGGUUCGGAGGGGGCAGUGAUCUCACGCCAUCGUACCUCUACGAGGAAGACGCACGUCACUUCCAUAGGACGUUGCAAAAUGCCUGCAACCAGCAUGGCAGCGAACUAUACCCUGCGUUCAAGAAGUGGUGUGACGAAUAUUUUUAUAUCGUCCACCGCCAAGAAACUAGGGGAGUUGGAGGUCUCUUCUUUGAUGAUCUCAGCACUGAGAAGCAUGCUCGGCUCUCAGAUGACGUUGAACGACCUCGAUCAGCAGAGGAGAUCUUUGACUUCAUAAAAGCCUUGGGGAAUUCGUUCAUUCCCUCCUACUUGCCCAUUCUUGAGCGUAGGAUGUCGAUGCCCAGCACAGACCAACACAGACGCUGGCAGCUGUUGCGCAGGGGGCGUUAUGUCGAAUUCAACCUUGUGUACGACAGAGGUACCAAGUUCGGGUUGAAAACGCCUUCUGCACGCAUUGAAAGCAUCUUGAUGAGCCUUCCAGAGACUGCAAGGUGGGAGUAUAUGACGGACAUGGGAACAGAUCUAGAGAGUGAAGAAGGACGCUUGAUCCCAGUUUUGAAACAGCCCGUCGAUUGGGCUGCGUUGGAGAAGUAG